CAUAGAAAUUACUUUGUAGUUAUGGUGAUUAACAGAUUUAUUUCCUAUUUCAAACUAUAUUUGCGUCUAUUACAAAUACGGUUAUGGACAAAAUAGUAUUGUGUACUGUUGCCUUAAUAUUUAUCCAUGGAAGCUACUCGUAUAUCCUGCUAACUGCGAACAUGGAAGACGUCCAAAGUGUGCUCAAGCAGUUGACCAACUCGAAUGUGAUAAAGCACUUCCAGCAAGUCUGGAACCGAGCAGCUUAUAAAUUCAAACAGGAACUCAACAAGCCCAUUCGACGUCAGUCUUUCAACGAAACCAAAACAUUGGUAAAACUUCUGAAAGAUGACACCGGGGUCACAAGUCUGCGUAAACACAGGGGCAGCCUGGUGACGGGGGGUAGGGCAGGGAAGGGUCCACAAGGUUCAUCUACGCGAAUUGUGCACGGCCUGUUAAUUUAAUAAAUUAUUAUCUUCGGCAUUAGACUUAUAUUUUAUUGAUUUGAACAAUUGACAGAGAAAAUGAACGUUAAUUUAGUGGAGUCUUACCUCUUCCACAUUUGUACGUCUAAUGAUAUCGGUUUCGAGAACUUUUCUCUUCUUAAGUAUUUCAACAAUCUGGUCUCU